AUGGCAUACGAAUACAAAGGGCCUAUUGAUGCCAGCGCCCCUUUCGGUGAAAGCCACAUCAAAGGCAAGACAGCUAUCGCCACUGGAGGCGCCAACGGAAUAGGCGAAGCUUAUGUCCGACACCUUGUUAAGGCGGGAGGAUUCGUUACAAUUGCAGAUAUGGAUGAAGUUCGUGGGAAAGCUCUGGAGAAGGAGCUCUCAAUCAAGUUCUUCAAAUGCAACGUUUGUCAUUGGCAAAACCAGCUGGCCGUGUUUAGAUCAACACUGUCGGCAUCUCCCGCUGGCAGAAUUGAUAUUGUCAUCGCCAACGCAGGUGUCAGUGGCGCUGACGCUGUUCAUUUCAAUGAUCUCAGCCUCGACGAGCCGGAAGAACCAAGGCUGAAUGUCCUCGACGUCAAUCUCAUUGGCGCCCUAUAUACAAUCAAACUUGCCUUGUUUUACUUCCGCAAACAAGGUUCGAGUGGUCAAGUACAAGACCAGAAUCUGAUAUUACAAGGAAGCCUCGCGGGCUACACCGAUUUUCCUGGUGCACCACAGUACGUCGCCUCAAAAUACGGUCUUCGAGGCAUUAUGAAGUCGUUGAGGUGGUCAGAAGUUCAAUUUGGCACUCGAACUAAUUAUGUAGCGCCAUGGUUUGUGAAAACAUCUAUUCUGAGUCCGGCAGAGAAAAAUUGGCUCGAUUCUUCUGGAAUCGAGUUUGCAGAGGUUGAGGAUGCGGCUUGUUGUGUCAUGAGGAUCGCGUCGGAUCCGACUAUCAACGGUCGGGUGUUCGGUAUCUUGCCGCGAAGUCAGGCAGCCCAUGGUUUCCUUGACAUGGAUGUAGACGACUAUAAAGAGGGGACACUGUUAGACGACCUGAAUAAAAUUGCUGUUGGUACAAAUCACCGUGCCAAUGUAGGGAUGUCCGAAAUUUCGAGCUACAGGAGCUAA